AUGGCAAGUGUGGAGGCCAAGAAAGUGCGGAAACCGGCCAAGCUCGUCGCGGCCGAGGCCGAGCGGCCCGCGCGUCCCGCCAAGCCACUGGAGAAUGGACACAGCAGCGGCCAUAAUUCGAAAACGACGCCUGCACCGCCGCAAGCGAAUUACGACCUUAAAGCGCAGCUGAUAGUGUCGCUCGACGAGCCCGACGCGCGCCGCUCGCCGCCGCGCCCCGUUGCCAACGGGGACCCCCCGCGCCCCGCCUCAGCCGCGAAGCGUGAUAGAUGGGAAUGCUCCACAUGCACCUACCUCAACAAAGACACGGUGGCCGCCUGCGAGAUGUGCGGUAAGUCCAAGCGAGGGCCUGAGAUCCAGCCGCUAACCUCAGGCGGUCGCGAAUGCCCCGCCUGUACGCUCGUCAACCGACGGGACGCGAGGGUUUGCGACGCCUGCGGCACCAGCUUAGACCACUGUCCUACGUAUAUUUAAACGGUUAAGGGCGCUUUUCGCUUGGAAACGACGAUUGUGUUUUGUUUUAACUCGAUGGAGGAAAGCAAAUGACGAUUGUCUUUUGUUUUGAUCGGUGUAAAGACGCACAUUACGCACAUAUUGCAGCAGGCUGUCACAGAUUGUACACGCGGCCACACUGUCAACUAUCCAUCUCCGUUUUUGCUCUCGCUCAAAUCUAAUGGUGAUUCUUUGCGAUAGAACGAGAUGACAUGACUGGCAAUGGGCAGUUCUUUAACACUGUUGCCGAUAGUACAGUAACAGUGGCAUACAUUUUGACAAGGAAACACGAAGAAAAAAUAAUAAAAUGAAAACAAACCGAGCAGUGCUACUCUGUGCGACUUGGUGCCACUUUUGACCGUUCUUAUUUUUGCAUUAUUAAUAGGCAGUUACAUGUUACAAGACAGAUAAUGUACCAUCCUAGAUUGCAUCCCACUUAACAUCAGGUGCGACUGUGGUCAAAUACCUGCCUUCUUAUGCAUAAAAAAAAUCAUACUACCUACUGCUUCGGAACAGUAACUAAGACAGAUGUGUACCAUCCUAGAUUGCAUCCCACUUAACAUCAGGAGCGAUAGUGGUCAAAUACCUUCCUUGUUAUGCAUAAUAAAAAUCCUACUACUGCUUCGGAACAGUACUAUCGCAUCAUGCAUUUUUGAGCAUUUAAUAAUAAAUUCCAAUUUCCAAUAAUAACAUUUAAUUUAAUACCAAUCUGUUCUUUCCAAGCGAAAUUGUGUAAUUCUCAGCGAUAGGCCUAGGUGCGUUCUUAUGAUCGGAAAGUUUAAAUCGGGUUGCCAACUUAUGUCUAAUCAUUUUAGUAUUUAUUUUAAUAGAUUAGGUUUCGUAAGUUUCUUUAGCACAAACUACGAUUGCCAAUUUUUUAACGAGGAAUGUUACGUUCUGAAACGAGAUUUGUAUUUAUUUUCGUAAUUAUUUUUGGCAAUAUAACAUAAUUAUUUCUUGCAGGAAGUAAUAAGAUCAGCUGUAAUGUUACUUUUUUAUUACCUUCUGCUAAGAAAAUGUUAUAGUAAACAUGUAUUGUUAAACGAUAUUAUAAGCUAAAUGUUAAAUUCAUGUUUCCUAAAUAUAAUACGGAUACCUAUCAUUAAGUUUGGCGUUCUAAUAUAUUUUGACAGAUGGCUUAUUUACAUGCUUGUUUAGCAUAUAAAUUAACGUAAUUAUUAUCUACGUGAGAGUAUACUAAAAAUAUAAACAAAAUUCAAUUCUUAUAUGCAUAUUUCAAAAUUGGUAACCAAAUGAUGUUAAAAACGUAUGUGUACAACAUACAUAUACCUAUUUAAAAUUAAUGUUAAGUUUACAAAUCUAAUGCUACAUAAUUUAUUAUCGUUUCACAAUAAAUAAAACGAGAUUGUAAUUUUGUAUCGAAUUAUUUGAUCAAGCUUGUUUAAUCGACAUUCCUCAUAUUGCUCAUCAUUUCGAAAAACGAUGCGACUAAUGAUCAUUCUGUGUUUGAAACAAUAAUUAUAUUGUUUAAAAAAUGCAUAUCACACAAGUGAUAUUGAUGUUUGAAUAUAAAAUAUCUUAAAUGUCGUUCGGUGUUGUUGAACUAUUUCUUUCAAAUACAGUUUGUAUGCAUUCGAUUCCGGAUUGUUAAAAUUAUAAAUAAUCAAUCAGUUAUAAAUAAAAUAAAAAAGUUACGUAUUUUUAAUAAACUACAGACGAGAGGCACAGUGGUUUAGAAAACGGAUAAAAAAUGCAAAAGAAAAGAUUUUCUAAGAAAUUAAAAAAUGCAAUGUCUAAUUAGAUUCAAUUAUAUUGUGCAAAGGCCACACAAAAAGUUAUUUUUAUAACUGGGAAAAAAUGUAUUUACUUCGAUUAAAUACAAUUUUGUUUGGUGCAAUUUAGAUCAAUUUCACAAGAGGCAAAAACUGUAGAGGCGAAUAUUAUGUUUAUUGUAUUUCCGCCAUUUAUUUCGUUUCUGAACCACUGCGAGUUUGCUCCUGAUAAGAUAAUUUUACAGAUUUUUGAUGUCUCGCAGAAUCUAUCGGGGCUUCUUGGUAUUAUCUGUUAUUGUUUUCGUUUUGAGUUGUCCGUUUUUCCUAAAGUGAUAUUAUAUGCCAUGAUGUUUUCAGAGAUCGAAAUACGUUUACGUAGUGAUCAAUUUCGUUAACAUAGUGAUAACGUGGCUAUAAACUAAUUUGUGUCGUCUUCAACAUAAAAAGAACUUGUGACGCAGUACAGGACUACAAGUAUGUUAUCUAGUAACUCAUAUUGAGCCAAAAGGAGUCUAGUUCUUCGUCGACAAUGCAUAAACAAAUAAUUGUUAAAAUCAUAAUAAAUAUUCAUAUUGUUUAUAGGUUGCUAUUAACUUAUUUGUGCUGUGUACUGUGGGGAACAUUUUGUAUUUAUUUUUAUACAGACCGUCAUUAUUUUUGUUCGCGACUGUCGUUUCGCCACACAGGGUAACCUAACAUGGGCGCGCGGCUAUUGUUAAUUCGGAUAGAUAUUUAUGUAUUAUAUUGUAUGGCCACGAAAGAGGGCGUGCGAGUUGAAAUUAUCUUGAAAUUAUAUUAUAAAUAAAUAGUGUUCGUUUAUUCGCCUUCUAAAAUGCUUUAAUGUUAGUUGAAAAAAAUAGAUAACGCUUUUAUUUUUGUUUUCUUUUUUGAUAAAUUAUUGAUCUGUGUAUAUAAUUGUUAGUGUUUGUAAAUAGUAGAUAUUAAAUAUAUUUAUUUAGACAACGCAGUUUGUGAUUUUUAACUUAUGUUGGGAUGAAUAAACGUUUAAAAUCAUAAAUUAAUCAAUAGUUACGAGGACAUCAAUAAAGGUGCAAUUGUUGAACAUUGUAUGUAAUUUUAUAAUCACAGUUUACGACGAUGUGCACAGUGUAUAAUAAAGUAUCGAGGAUAGUACACGGAGAGUCAAGUAGCGUUAGGCAGUAAAUAAAGCACUGAGGACGUGUAUUUUUCUAUUUACGAAAAGUAGAUUUCUCAUACAAACCAGUUUGUAAAACAAGUUGUGCUUCACAUUAAGUUGCCUUUAGUUGAUUCGAGAAGACUUAAAUUAUUGUAAAGCAAAAAU